AUGCCAAAAAAAACGAGCAAUUUUGACAACAUUGAUGUAGCUAUAAAGGCUAUUCAGGAUGAUGGCAUUUCACAAAAAUCAGCUGCUAAAAAAUUUGGUGUUGCUCGUUCUACCCUACAGUUCAGAUUAAAAAACCCAGAUACACAAAACAUUUCAUGUGGACCUUCAACAGUCUUAACUACCAAUGAAGAAGAGACACUAGUAACAUGGUUACUCGAAUGCUCAAAGAAAGGAUUUCCUAGGAGGCGUGAAGACUUACAAGACAGUGUCAAAAAAUUUUUAGAUGAACAAGAGAGGCCAAGUCCAUUUAAAAAUAACUUACCUGGGAUUGGUUGGUAUAAAGCUUUUUUAAGAAGACAUCCAAUAUUAUCGAUAAGGACCAUAGCGAACAUGUUGCCAAUGCAAGUGCCAAUUUAUCUGACAGAGGAAAAUUUAGUUGACAUUUUGAAUGACGGCCGUAGAGUAUUCAAUGGGGAUGAAACCAGGUUUUCACUUUGUCCCAAAACUAAAUGUGUAUUGGGUCCAAAAGGGUCCAAAGACAUUUAUGAAGUAGCAAAAGGAAACGAUAAAGAAAAUAUCACUGUAAUGUUUUCAUUUAAUGCUGUUGGAGAGAUGUGUCACCCUAUGGUAAUAUUUAAAUAUAAAAGAGUUCCACAAAAUAUCUUGGAUUCAAUUCCUCCCAAUUGGGGAGUUGGCCGGUCCGACACAGGAUGGAUGAAGUCUGAAAUAUUUUAUGAGUAUAUAUCAAACAUCUUUUAUCCAUUUGUUGUUGAAAGUGGUAUUCAAUUGCCUGUAAUCCUUUUUGUUGAUGGGCAUAAAAGUCAUUUAACCUAUCAUUUAAGUAAAUUAUGUUUGCAAUUAAACAUAAUAUUAAUUGCUUUAUAUCCUAAUGCAACGAGAAUUUUGCAGCCAGCAGAUGUUGCAGCAUUUAGACCAAUUAAAGCUGGCCGGAAAAAAGGUGUUUUUGAUUGGCGCAAUGAACAUCCAGGUAACGCAGUAACUAAGAAUGAUUUUUCUCCAAUUUUGGAUAAAGUUUUGAAAAAUACAGUAAGAUCUGAAGUUUUAAUAAACAGUUUUAGAGCUUGUGGACUUUUCCCUUGGAACGUAAACAAUAUUGACUUUAAAAAGUUUUUGGGAAAAAAUCCAAAUACUGAAAUAACUGCAGUAGUUAAUAAUGAAACUGAUACUGGUAUGCUAGAUUACAAGCAAUUUUCAGAUAUUGUUGGCGCCGAAACAAUUGACAAAUUUAAGGAUAUAAAUAAUGUAAUUACAAAUGAGAGUUUACCUGAAGAGUUUUUUGUUUUGUAUAGAUUACAUGAAAAGUUAAAAAAUAACGAGGGCACUAUACAUCACUAUACAUCAAAACUUAGAAAAAUUACAGAAAAUCUAGUUGAAGUAAAAAAGUUAAGUAUAUCACCAAUUGAAUCUGUUCUUGUAUGGCCACUAACACCAGAGCGUAAGGGUACAAGAAUUACUGAAAGAGUGCCUUUUGUAAUAUCAUCGCAUAAAUGGCAAACAUUAUAUGAAGAAAAAGACAAAAAAAAAAGAACAGCCGAAGAGGAGAAGAACGAUAGAAAAAAGAAAAGACUUGAAAAUAUACAAGCAAAAAAAUCAAAAGUGCCUAAAAACAACCUUAAAAAGUCAAAUAUUCCUGAAAGACAUUUAAGUGAAAUGUUAGCCCAGCCGUUAACUAUAAUUGAAUCUUCAGACCAAGAGGAUACUGUUGAUGAUAUAUAUGAGUCAAGUUCAGAAUCUGAAAAAAAGAUAAAAAAAAAAAGAACCAUUGAAGAGGAGAAGGACAAUAGAAAAAAGAAAAGACUUGAAAAUAUACAAGCAAAAAAAUCAAAAGUGCCUAAAAACAACCUUAAAAAGUCAAAUAUUGUGAGACAUAUUUUCCAAGCCUCUACAUCAAAAAAUAUACAGCCUGAAAGACAUUUAAGUGAAAUGUUAGCCCAGCCGUUAACUAUAAUUGAAUCUUCAGACCAAGAGGAUGGUACUGUUAAUGAAAUCAACGAGUCAAGUUUAAGACCAGAUGUUUUGUAUAAAACUACGGGUCUUUGCUUUGCAUGUGCUAAUAAUUGUAAUGACAUAGACAAUGGUCUGGAAUGUAUGUUUUUCAACAAACUAUAUCAUCUAAAAUGUUUAGAUCCAAAAGAGUACUGCUGCUUGGGAUCUGAUGAUGUUCUAUACAUUUGUUUUAAGUGCCAAACAAAUUUUAAUAAAUGA